AUACAAAAUGGCGUGAAAUAUGAGUGGUGAAAAUCCUUGCAAAGCUUUGAGCAUCGAGCAGAUUAUUCUGCGAUCUACGAGGUCAGGAGACAUUGAAGAGUUCGGUGCUUGUUUGAAUAAGUCGAGGGUGGAGAUAUUGAACUGGAGGCACUCAAGAUCGGGCGAAUCUUGUUUGUUAUUGUGCGCUCGUUAUGGACAGGUUGAUAUGUUGAGAUGUUUAGUGGAAGAUUGUGGUGAAAGUUUAGAGCAAUGGAAUAGCGACGGCAAGAGAGCGCUUCACGAGGCUGCUCUUGGAGGACAUCUCGAAUGUGUGAGAUAUUUAAUCAAUAAAGAUGUCGAAAUUGAUUGUUUGAAGAGAGCUGACUGGACACCACUGAUGCUUGCAUGCACAAAAGACAAUAUGGAUAUAAUUUCGGAGUUAAUUGAAGCUGGAGCGAAUCCUAAGUUAUCAAACAAAGAUGGAUGGACGGCUUUUCAUAUAGCAACAAGAGAAGGUCAUCUUGGAAUUGUCCAAUACUUCCUGGACAUGUUUCCUACUAUCUGGGAUACUGUGAGUAACAAUGGUAGAACUCCUCUGCACACAGCAGCAUUACAUGGCCAUUUGGAAACAGUUGAGCUUCUUUUAAAAUGUGGCCAUUAUAAGCCAGACUGCAUGGAUUCAUGUGGUACCACACCACUAAUGGACAGCAUUAGAGGGAAUUUUGUUGACGUAGCAGAUCUUUUGAUUACCAAGCACCAUGCCAGGUCAGAGGCCAGGGAUAAACUAGGACGUCAGUGUAUCCAUAUUGCAGCGCAGUCCGGUUCCUUGUCAUCCCUCAAGUUCCUGGUGGAUACAGAAAAGGUUGAUGUUCAAAAUGGGACAGAUUUUUCGGGAAUGACAGCUUUACACGUUGCUGCAAAGGAAGGACAUGAUAACGUUGUCUCUUUUUUGUUGGAAAAUGGUAGCAGAAUAAACUCCAAAGACAAAAACGGCAGAACAGCUCUUCACCUUGCGUCAGCUGCUGGUCAGACAUGCACUGUAUACCGUCUGGUGAACCACUCUGCUUGUGACGUCACCACAAGGGACAAUAAGGAACUCGUCGCAGCAGAUUAUGCUCUAAAAACUGAUGUUAUACAGAUCUUUACAAGGUCAACAAGAGCGAAGGUUGAAGCUGCCCAGACAACGUGACCUGAGCAACGAGUUUAAUUACUCUAGGAUAUCGCUGUCCACCAAACACUCUAAUGUUACCCGCUGUUCGGUUUGACUGUAAUUAAACCUUAGCAUUCCUCAGUUGGUCACACUCUUUAAUAAUUUUUAGGCAGUAAUUUUAGAGCUGCAUGUAAUUUUAUAUCAUUUCAAACAUGGUUAA